AGGCGCAGUUUGAACCCCGGAAGUAAAGGACGUGAACAUCAUGGACGUGGAGCCACAAGGUGUGAGGCUGUGUUAAAACUUCUCGUUAGUCAUAUCGGUAGUUUAAAUGUGGUUUUAACAUCAUGAAGAUAAACGAGAACACUUUGCUGGAGGGACACAGAGUCGUGUUGGUGCCUUACAAUGCAGAGCACGUGCCCAGGUAUCAUGAGUGGAUGAAGUCUCCUGAGCUGCAGCAGCUGACCGCCUCAGAGCCGCUGACCCUGGAACAGGAGUACGACAUGCAAAAGAGCUGGAGGGAAGAUGAUGACAAGUGCACGUUCAUUAUCUUGGACAAGAAGCAGUGGGCGGACAGCAGUGUAGACCAAGAGCAGUGCAUGGUGGGAGAUGUCAACAUCUUCCUGACUGACCCCACAGACCCGUCCCUGGCUGAGCUGGAGAUCAUGAUAGCAGAACCCAGUUACAGAGGAAGAGGCAUCGGGAAGGAGGUGACCUGCAUGAUGAUGAGCUACGGAGUCGCCAAACUUGGGGUCAAAAAGUUUGAAGUGAAAAUUGGACUGGACAACGAGGUCAGCAUCGCCAUGUUCAAGAAACUCCACUUCCAGGAGGUGUCGGUGUGUAAAGUGUUCAAGGAGGUGACCCUCGAGAUGACGGUGGAUGAGUCUGUCCGGACGAGGCUGCUGGACGACACGGCCGACAUGAAGGAGAGAGACUACAGACAGGCCUGCAGCGACAGACAGAAACUGGUUUCACAGUGAAGUGAGCUGCACUCACACAUCCCAAAGACUCACAGCGGUGGUGGAGGUCAUUUUGCACACUGAUGAGCGAAAUCUGAGCUGACACCUGGUGUGUGUUUAGACUUUUCAGACUUUUACACACAUCUGCAGAGAUGGGAAGGACAUUUACUCUGUUAAAAGCACCGUUUUGUGGUACUGGUGCUUUAUGUAAGUAUUUUAAAUGAGGGAUGUAUUCCACCUUUUAGUGGGGAAUAUUCUACCUUUUAUGUUAAUAGAUUCAUCUGAUGCAUGGAAUGGUCAUGGCAUACCACACCACAAAUCAGACUAUAAAUCACAAGCUUGGAUCUAAGUGACUGAGCGUCGGUCCAAUUGUCAUAAAACUUGUAAUCUGUAGCACAGGUGUUGGAAACUGUCAAAGGUCUUGAAUCGUCCGUGUUGAAUUACCUUGGAAUCAGCACUGUCACCCAUGUUCCUUGAUUUCUUCUUCUAUGGUCCCGUUUAAUGUCUCGUUUAUUCCUCUGUGAUCUGAAAAAAAUGAAACUGCUUUUUCUCACAAUCAGGACUUUUACUUGAAUACAUCGGUACAAUUUACUGUUUGUACUUUUACUUGAGUAAAAAAUCUGACCAUAAAAAUUCUA